AUGGUCGUGGCCUGCCUGGGGAUCCUAAAGCUCCUCUUGCUGUACCGGCAGUACAUGCCACAGAGCCCACGGAACUUGAUGACGACUAUGUCAUUGACAACCAAGGAUGAUCCUGAACGCAACGAAGAUGUGGUGGUGGUCUUAAGCUGCUACAAUGAGACGAAGGAGGAGCUGCAGCACAGCAUUAGCACUUUGGACUCUACGGAGUCGGGUCCCUCGGCACGGCUGAUGGUCUUCGUGGAUGGCCUUCAGCGGUUCGACCAGGACGAGAUCAUGGAGUGGAUUCACAAGGUGAGACAGGGCGUGGAUGUGGAGAACCCGGAGAGUCCGAAGUUUUUGGAGACGGACUCUGCCGCGACUCCCGAGGACUUUGAGAUUUUGGCAUCCUUGACUUCUAUCCUACCGCCUGGCAAGGUGGAGAUGGAUCAUGGCUGCGUGUGCAUCCGCGGUAUCAAGCCGGGUGCCGUCCCAUAUCCUUUCGAGAUUUAUGUGAAGGGCAAAGACUGUCCACGAUCGAAGCGGGCGUCACAGGCUCUAUGCAUGUCGCUGCUUCAGGCUGACUACGAUGCCAGCCGACCCAACCCAAAAGCUCUCCUGCUGCUGGAUGGCGACUGCCGUGUGGAACCGGAGCAUGUGGGAAAGAUGUACAGGUGCAUGCAGGAUCAGCAUUUGGCAGCCUGCGGCCCCUUUCUCCUGACCAAGAAGUCGCACAACUUCUGCCUCUUGGUCCAGCUGAUGCGGGACUGGUUCUCGCAGCGGAUGCUAUGGUUGGGCCAGAGCGCCAUUCGCUUCCAACUCCCGCUUAACGGCUCCUGUGCGAUGUAUGCCAUGGACACUGUGCGAGCUGUUCAGACAGACUUCUGCCGCGGAGUCUAUGAGGACUCGAUUCUCGAUUCCAUGAUGAUUGAAAUGGGAGAAGACAGCUUCAUGACAAACCUCGUCCACGAGAAGUACCAGAACGGCGGUGGCAUUCGGUUUCUGCCUCACUGUUGGGCAACAUCCUUCAUGCCAGAGACCUGGAGCGAGUACCUCGCACAACAGUGCCGGUGGAAGCGCUCGCACAUGGGAAAUCGUGUGACCAUGCUCUUCAACAAGCCCAAUGCCUGGCUCUGGAAGCCGACCCGUUGGGUAUUCUGGCCCAUCUACGUCGCGUCCUUCCUUUGGACACCGUUCCUGGCCCCGGCCACGCUGACGUUGUGGUUCUCCUUUCUGACGGGCCGCUUUCUGGAGCGUUUCUUGGAGAUUGAGGAAAUGACCUGCUCUCCCUUCCCUUGGAGCUCCCUGGGGACCCCAGCGCGCCAGAGCCUCCCGGCCUUGAUCCACUCCCUGCUUUGGGUCGUCUUGACGUUCUAUGCCCUUGCCUCUGCGGGCUGCUCGGUGUCCCAGCGGCGGUGGCUUCACACAGCAGGUACGGCCUUCUUCAUGCUCCUGGGAGCUUUGCAGAUGGCAGUGCUCCUGGCGGGCUACGGCGCCUGGAAGAAUCCUCUCUUCUGGAGCUCCACACUGGGUGUUUGCGCCCUGAUGAUGGCAGCGCAGGCCCCGCAUGGCCUGCGAAGGAUGUGGGCCGGACUGCUGAUAUUCGUGGUGCCCCUCACGACCUUCAUUGAGAAUCUGCAGCAGCCCAUCGUGGCUGUGGCCAACGCUGACGGCUUGGGGGCCAAGUGGGGAACGCGUGGCAAGGCUUCGAAAAGCCAGCAGCGGCGGUGCUUCUGCAUCAGUCAGAAGAUGGAGUCUGAGACAGGUGAGGAGUGCCAGCGGCAGUACGCCAGGGAGAUCCGCUUGUGGAGCCGCCGGAUUUUGCUGCCACUCUGGCUGGCGGCUAACUAUGGGCUCGGUGAGUGGGUUUUCCAGAUGGACUACGUGGAUGCCGUUGCCAUCACCUUGUCCCUGAUGAUGGCGGGCUUCAUGCUCUUCCAUCUCUGCCUGGGACUGGGCUACAGCUGCUGGCUCGCCUUGUUUCUGCGCCGGCAGGUUGAGACCUCUGCGGUGACGCUCUGA